GAAGGCUUCGCUCUCCUCUCCUCUCCGCGUUUGUUGGGCCUGGGAGGUGGAGGUGGCAGAUGUAGCACUUCAGUUUCUGCUCAGAGAAAAUUGGAUCCUUGAACUCAAACCAGCAUAACAUCAAUGUUCAAGGAAUUAUAGAAUGAGCAAUGAUGUGAUUGCACCAGGAGGGCAGAUCUCACAAUGCUAACACUUAACGCAAACGGGACAAAUGUAGAUGUCGUCUGUGAAACUGUUUUGCUGGAACAUAUGAAAUGAUGGAAACACUGGAUGAAUGAUAAGACCUGCUUUGUGAAACCUAAGCAUGGCAGGCUUACAGCUCAUGACACCUGCUUCAUCACCAAUGGGUCCCUUUUUUGGACUGCCAUGGCAACAAGAAGCUAUCCAUGAUAACAUUUUUACACCAAGGAAAUAUCAGGUUGAACUUCUUGAAGCAGCUUUGGAACACAAUACCAUAGUUUGUUUAAAUACUGGCUCAGGGAAGACUUUCAUUGCAGUGCUACUUACAAAGGAGCUGUCUCAUCAGAUCAGGGGACAAUUCAACAAGAAUGGAUCUCGGACUGUGUUCUUGGUUAACUCUACACCUUCUGUGGCUCCACUAGCAGCAGCUGUGAAGACCCAUUCAGAUCUGAAGGUGGGGGAGUAUUCCAGCAUUGAGGACGUUCAGUCAUGGACAAGAGAAGAAUGGCACAAAUGCUUCAUUGGACAACAGGUGCUAGUAAUGACUUGCCAUGUCUUCUUGCACAUCUUGAGAAAGGGUUUCCUUUUCCUGUCCAAAAUCAACCUGCUGGUUUUUGAUGAAUGCCAUCUUGCAAUUAAAGAUCAUCCCUAUCAGGAGAUUAUGAAGAUGUGUGAGGAGAACCCAUCAUGCCCUCGAAUCCUGGGACUUACUGCCUCGAUAUUAAAUGGUAAAUGUGACCCUUCUGAAUUGGAGGAGAAGAUUCUGAAGCUGGAAAAGAUUCUCCGAAGCAGUGCAGAAACUGCCACUGACUUGGUGGUGUUGGACAAAUAUUCGUCUCAGCCUCAUGAAGUCGUGUUAGACUGUGGACCAUACGUGGAUAAGAGUGGCCUAUAUGAAAAACUUUUAAUGGAAUUGGACGAAGCACUUAAUUUUAUCAAUGACGUCAAUAACAUACCUGCACACUGUGAUGAUCGAGGUCCAACUUUAAUUCCUAAGCAGGUGUUGGUAGACUGCCGUGCAGUAUUGACUGUUCUAGGACCUUGGUGUGCAGAUAAAGUAGCUGGGAUGAUGGUCCGAGAACUGCAGAAAUACAUCAAACAUGAGCAGGAGGAGUUGAACAGGAAGUUCCUUUUGUUUACAGACACUCUUCUGAGAAAAAUCCAUGCACUGUGUGAAGAGCACUUCUCGCCUGCCAUGCUUGAUCUGAAAUACGUCACCCCCAAAGUCAACAAGCUGCUUGAAAUCCUCCACGAGUACAAACCUUUUGAACGGCAGCAAUUUGAAAGCGUUGAGUGGUACAACAACCGAAACCAGGACAAUUAUGUCUCGUGGAGCGAUUCUGAGGAUGAGGACGAGGAUGAAGAGAUUGAGGAAAAGGAGAAAACUGACACGAACUUCCCAUCCCCAUUCACCAAUAUAUUGUGUGGAAUUAUUUUUGUUGAGAGACGCUAUACAGCAGUUGUCUUAAACAGGCUAAUAAAGGAAGCUGGCAAGCAGGAUCCAGAGUUGUCUUAUAUUAGCAGCAAUUUCAUAACCGGUCAUGGUAUCGGAAAGAACCAACCUCGGAACAAACAAAUGGAAGUGGAGUUCAGGAAGCAGGAAGAGGUGCUGAGAAAGUUCCGUGCUCACGAGACCAAUUUACUUAUUGCCACUAGUGUUGUUGAGGAAGGAGUAGAUAUUCCAAAAUGCAACCUGGUGGUUCGGUUUGAUUUGCCUACAGAAUAUCGCUCUUACGUGCAAUCCAAAGGCCGAGCUAGAGCACCCAUCUCGAAUUAUAUCAUGCUUUCGGAUUCUGAUAAAAUCGAAGACUUCAAGGAGGAUCUUAAAACUUACAAAGCAAUUGAGAAGAUUCUCCGAAAUAAGUGUUCAAAGUCUGUGGAUUCUGCUGACGUGGAGGUAGAGCCUGUUGCUGCUGACGAUGAUGUGCUUCCACCAUAUGUAUUGCGGCCAGAAGACGGAAGCCCCCGAGUAACGAUCAACACUGCCAUUGGACAUGUUAAUAGAUACUGUGCACGGUUGCCAAGUGAUCCAUUCACACACUUGGCUCCGAAAUGCAAGACUCAAGAACUGUCAAGCGGUACUUUUCAAUCAACUCUCUACCUUCCCAUCAAUUCACCCCUUCGCAUCCCAGUAACUGGUCCUCCGAUGCCCUGUACAAGAUUAGCUGAGAAAGCAGCAGCCCUUCUCUGUUGUGAAAGACUGCACAAAAUAGGUGAGCUGGAUGAUCAUUUGAUGCCAGUGGGGAAAGAAACCGUGAAAUAUGAAGAGGAGCUUGAUUUGCACGAUGAAGAAGAAACCAGUAUUCCUGGGAGACCAGGCUCUACAAAACGCAGACAGUGCUAUCCUAAAGCGAUUCCUGAAUGUCUGAGGAACAGUUACCCCAAACCUAACCAGCCUUGUUACCUGUACGUGAUUGGCAUGGUGUUAACCACUCCUCUUCCAGACGAACUCAAUUUCAGAAGGAGAAAGCUAUAUCCCCCCGAAGAUACAACGCGAUGUUUUGGAAUACUGACUGCCAAACCGAUACCUCGGAUUCCUCACUUUCCAGUGUACACCCGUUCUGGGGAGGUUACCAUAUCUAUUGAAUUGCGCAAAUUGAAUUUCACAUUGGGUGCGAAGCAGCUGGAGCUGAUCACUAGGCUACACCAGUAUAUCUUCUCUCACAUUCUUCGCCUGGAGAAACCUGCACUAGAAUUCAAGCCUACAGAAGCUGAUGCAGCCUACUGUGUUCUACCUCUCGAUAUAGUUCAUGGUUCAAACCACUUGGACAUCGACUUCACCUUUAUGGAAGAUAUAGAAAGAUCGGAGGCACGCACAGGCAUUCCCAAUACACAGUACACAAAGGAAAAGCCUUUCACAUUUAAUUUGGAAGAUUACCAGGAUGCAGUGAUCAUUCCAAGAUAUCGAAACUUUGACCAGCCUCAUCGUUUCUACGUGGCAGAUGUGUACACCGAUCUCACGCCUCUCAGUAAAUUCCCCUCCCCUGAAUAUGAAACAUUUGCAGAGUAUUACAAAACCAAGUACAACCUUGAUCUGACCAACUUGAACCAGCCUUUGCUGGAUGUGGACCACACAUCUUCGAGACUGAAUCUUCUAACACCACGACACUUGAAUCAAAAGGGAAAGGCACUGCCUCUAAGUAGUGCGGAGAAGCGCAAGGCUAAAUGGGAGAGUUUGCAAAACAAACAGAUUCUGGUCCCAGAACUCUGUGCUAUUCAUCCGAUCCCAGCUUCCCUGUGGCGCAAGGCAGUGUGCCUUCCCAGUAUUCUCUAUCGUCUACACUGUCUAUUAACAGCCGAGGAGCUACGAGCCCAAACAGCCAAGGAAGCCGGUGUGGGAAUCGAAGCUCUCCCUUCAAACUUCAGGUAUCCCAAUCUAGACUUUGGGUGGAAAAAGUCUAUCGACAGCAAAGCUUAUAUCAUGACAACUGGCCCCUGUACAGAAGAGAAUGAGAGUUACAAUAAGCACAGCACAACAGUAGCCCCUGAAGAUGCUGCACAUCAAGGUGCUAUAAACGAGAACUCCUCCUUAGAAAAUAUUUGCCAGACAUCUGUGAACAGCAAACCAUCGCUCAAGAACCCGUCACCCAAAAAGCUCUGCGAUGCUGACAAAGUCACCAGGACCACAGUGAUCAAUGGCGUCUGUUCCGAGACCCAAACCCAGUUCAUAAACGAAGAUUGUGUUUGUCAGCGGAAUCAAAGGAACUCCUACAGGCACGAUGUACUUGUACAGCCAACUACCUCAGUUCCAGCGCAAAAUACACACAACAGUGAGAACCAGCUCAAGCCCCGAGUUGAAUGUAAUCUACAAAGUAAUAACCUUGAUAGAAUUACUAACAAAUCUACCUCAGAUGGUUGCUCAAAAGAGGCAAUUUCCUCCAAUUCCUCACAGCCUCUGGCAAUUCCACAGUGGAUCUUGGAUCCGGGUGAUUGCCCUUCUGGUGUGUAUACAACUGAAACCCUCGGCCCUAACCCUGGUCUGAUUCUGCAAGCUUUGACCUUGUCAAAUGCCAGUGACGGCUUCAACCUGGAGCGUCUUGAGAUGCUUGGUGAUUCGUUCUUGAAGCAUGCUAUAACAACAUAUCUCUUUUGUACAUACCCUGAUGCCCAUGAAGGUCGGCUGUCCUACAUGAGGAGCAAGAAGGUAAGCAACUGUAAUCUUUAUCGUCUUGGCAAAAAGAAAGGACUCCCCAGUCGAAUGGUGGUGUCAAUAUUUGAUCCACCUGUGAAUUGGCUCCCUCCUGGCUAUGUGGUGAAUCAGGACAAGUGCAUUGCCGACAAGAGUGAGCUGAAAGAUGUGAUUGGAGCAGAACAACUGGCCAAUGGGGCGCCCUAUGAGGAUGAAGAGGACGAAGAUGACGACGAGGUAGAGGAGGAGGACCCUGAAUUCCGUGAAGAUUUGAUGUGGAGAGCACACAAGGAAGAAACCGAGUAUGAAGACGACUUUUCCGAGUACGAUCAGGAGCACAUCAAAUUCAUCGAUAACAUGCUCAUGGGGUCUGGUGCCUUCGGGAAGAAGAUUUCUCUGCCAGCCUUCCCACCCACCGAGGGAAGCUACGAGUGGAAGGCUCCCAAGAAAUCCACAUCGGGGAGCGGGCAUGUCUCGUUGGAGGGCGAUGAGUUUGACUACAGCUCCUGGGAUGCCAUGUGCUACCUGGAUCCCAGCAAGGCCACAGAUGAAGACGAUUUUGUGGUGGGAUUCUGGAAUCCAUCGGAGGAGAAUGGCGGGGUGGACGCGGGCAAACAGUCGAUCUCUUACGACCUGCACACUGAGCAGUGCAUUGCCGACAAGAGCAUCGCCGACUGUGUGGAGGCUCUGCUGGGCUGUUACUUAACCAGUUGUGGAGAGAGAGCAGCCCAACUCUUCCUCUGCUCUCUGGGGCUGAAAGUCCUCCCGGUGGAAGAAAAGAUAGGUUCCCUGGUGAAAGCAGGAGCGACUAAGGAGCAGAGCGUCCUUCGUCUGAAGGAAAAGGCUGAGAGUGGAACGGCUGAUGAUAUCUUGUUGCCCAGUCUGAAACCGCUUCCUUGUAAAGACCUUGAAUAUGGCCACCUGCAGAUUCCUCCCAGAUGCAUGUUUGAUCACCCAGAUGCCGAGAGGACAUUGAGCCACCUAAUAUCUGGCUAUGAAAACUUUGAGAAGAAGAUAAACUAUAAGUUUAAGAACAAGGCCUACCUUUUACAGGCAUUUACCCAUGCCUCCUACCACUACAACACAAUUACAGAUUGUUACCAGCGGCUGGAAUUCCUUGGAGAUGCAAUUCUGGACUACCUCAUAACCAAGCACCUUUACGAAGAUCCACGGCAGCAUUCUCCCGGCGUGCUGACUGACCUGCGCUCGGCACUGGUCAACAAUACCAUCUUUGCUUCUUUAGCUGUGAAGUACGAUUAUCACAAAUACUUUAAAGCCAUCUCGCCCGAGUUGUUCCAUGUUAUAGACGACUUUGUUCAGUUCCAACUGGAGAAGAACGAGAUGCAAGGAAUGGAUUCUGAGCUGAGGAGAUCAGAGGAGGAUGAGGAAAAAGAGGAAGAUAUAGAGGUUCCCAAAGCCAUGGGGGAUAUUUUCGAGUCUCUUGCUGGGGCCAUCUAUAUGGACAGUGGGAUGUCCUUGGAAACUGUUUGGCAAGUUUACUACCCCAUGAUGAGACCACUCAUAGAGAAAUUCUCAGCCAAUGUCCCGCGUUCUCCUGUUCGGGAGUUGCUGGAGAUGGAACCAGAGACGGCCAAGUUCAGCCCCGCGGAGAGGACGUACGAUGGCAAGGUGCGUGUGACGGUGGAGGUGGUUGGCAAAGGGAAGUUCAAAGGAGUCGGCAGGAGUUACCGGAUCGCCAAAUCCGCGGCAGCUCGCAGAGCGCUGCGUAGCCUGAAGGCAAACCAACCUCAGAUACAACCCAGCUGAGAGGUCCCCUACUAUCUCUUCCCCCCCACCUCACCCCAGCCCCCAAAACACACACACACACACACACCCUCAUCAGCAGCUUGCCUGGAGUCAGACUGGAUCAGGUUUGAAAGUGAAACCAGUCGUUCUCUGAUGGUGUAAAGCAUUUGUAACUACCGUAUGUAAAAUUUAGGAUUAAUUGUAGUUGUAUAGUAAAUUUUUUGCGCAAACACAAUCUUUUUCCUCCUCUUUUGCUAGCUUAAUCACGAGAGUGCUUUAUAUCAUUUGCGAGCGUUUUUUUUAAAUACCAUCGUCAGGUUCCCUCAUAAUGUUUACUUUGGUUUAAAUUUAAAGCUUUUGCUCUGUGUUAGUGAGCCAGGAAGCUUAUUAUGCUGGAAGUCAUUUAGUUCUUUAGAUUGCACAUUUUUUUUUAGUAAUCUUGAAACUCUUGAUCUGUGCACUAGUGCCAGUGCGAGGUCGCUCAGUGUGUAAGCUGUUGUGUGUGAGCUGGUGUGAGCGAGCGAGUGUGCCAGUAUUGCCCUGUUUCCUUGUCGUCUGUACACUUAGAGAUGGCAUUCCCAAUCCUUUCUUUGCACUUAAUUUGAUAGGAACAGGUUUCACUUAAAAGAGCAACUGGCAUUUUUUUUAAAAAGUAAUAAUUGUUCAACUUAACAAUGCCACAUAUUAAGUCUUGCAUUUAAUCAAAAGGGUUUUGCCUUAAUUGAAAGUAACCCCCCACUCUUUUCUUUUCAUUUCCUGAACCUUUGAUACAUUUCUAUAAGCGAUUUACAUUCCCAUUUAAUACGCAUUGCACGAUGAUAACCGUUACCCUGGACUGACCUCCUUUCCGGUUGUGGCUAUGUAAUUUAUAGCAGAACAAGAGGUAGCUACAGAUAUAUUUUAAUACAGAUAAAAUGGUUUCAGAUACUUAAGAGUCAACAAGGUAUUAAAACAUUUUUGAUGCAAGAUGUAGCUAAAUUUACACACCAUGUGGUCUCGCUAGGAACCCAGGUGUGUUCUGCCUACGAUCCGAGUGUGAAGUGUUUCCAAAUGCAGCAAACCAUUUAGUCUUUAGUCCUUAACACAGUCGGGAACUUUUACUCGAAUGACGGUAACCUUAGACAUAUUCAGAAUAUGCUGCAGAUUUUUGUAAAAAAAAAGGUUAAUUUUUAUUUUUUAUUGAUAUAAGCACCUUUCCGUUUAGAAGAAGGGGUGGAGAAAAUCAACCACCGACUGACAGACUGUCCUUGGUGUCUGGCCAUAAGCGUUUUACAAUUCACUUACACCAAAGCUGUGCAUUCACGUUCGUUACUGAGGCGGAGCUUGUGUACUCCUUCUCCGUCAGUGGGGGUCUUUCCCCACCCCCCGCCUCCCUCCUGGAAGCCAGGAAUGUGAUGUGGGUGGGCACGGAAAAGGGAUGAGGUGAUUUCACCAGCAUGGAAGCUUUUUAUAAAGAGGAUGCAUCCGAUUCAGGCUCAGCCUAAGGUAGCGGUUUUGUUUUUCAGUAGGUUGCAAUUAGUCGCUCGAAUACCUCAGUUCUUGUUUGCCUGCAUUUGGAGUCCUGUAGCUCAGUGGUUAGAGCACUCG